AUGUUCCGCCUCACGACGGCCUCCGCCCGCCACGGGAGGGCACUCCUGACCGGCUUCCCACCGCCUGCCGUCCAGGCUGCAGCACCCGCCAUGGCGACUAGGAGGACGCUCAAGGGCAAAGCUCCCCGCCCCAGUCCUGGGUCCAACAAGAAGUCGGGGCCGUCCAUGCUCAUGAAGGACAGGCCGGAGCUCGGCACGCCACGCCCGUUGUUCCACUUCCAAAACGCCGUCAAAUCGUUGCGCUCGCAGCACGUCACGGGGCAGGAGGCCCACGACAUCUACAUGAAAUACUUCGCGGCGGCGGCCGUGAAGGAAAAACCCGUCGACUGGCGGCAGACGUUCGUCAAAGACAACAACAUCUCGGCCGCCAAGCUUUACGAGACGGCCAUGGCCCUCAUGUCCUCCCCCAACAGCAGCGAUGCCGAUUUCGACGGGUUCUGCAACAUGCUGGACACCGCCGCCGGCCAGGGCGACGACGCCGCCGCCCUUACCCUCGGCCGCAUGCUCCACAACCGGAGUGAGAAAUCGUACCUGCACUGGGACCAGAUGGCGUGGCGCAACACGCGCGAGCGCUGCCGGGCGCUCAUUGAGGCGGGCCGCGACCCCAACGCCCUCGUUCUCAAGGGGCUGGUCUACUUGAGCCGCAGGACCUCCGAGGACAACCGCAUCGCCCUCGAGGCUUUUAUCCGGGCCGAAGAGAUCGGCAAGGGCGCCGACUCGUUUGAAUGGUACUCGUCGUGCCUCCGGGGCCAGAGCGAGGUUUACAUACGCAAGGGUAACAAGACCAAGGCGGCGGAGGUGCUCACGCGGCUCGGAGAGAUGGGCUAUGCCGAGGGGUUCUGGGGCUUGGCUAAAUUGUUCCCCAAAGAUGAAUCCACGAUGUACAGGCUGCAAAAGGCCGCCUCGUCGGGGCUCAUGCCGGCGCACCAGGCGCUGGUCAACGAGCACGAGAGGCUCCGCAAGCUUUGCAGGGCCCAAGGCAGAGAGGAAGAGGCGCGGCGGCACGAACGAGACGCGGCCGAGUGGACUUUGAUCAUGAGGGCGGAGACGACGCGGGACAGGGAAUCCAAGUUGGCCGCCAAAUCGGACUCGUGA